AUGAAUCAGGACAAUUCUCAAGCUGAAUUUUUCAUUACAACUAGAGGUUCUUUCAAAUGGCUGGGUAGCUUUGAGGAACUUAAAAAGUUUUGUGAUAAAAUCUUGAAGAUCGACUCAAGAUGGCUUGUACCCAGAGGUGGAUGUAAAUCAUUUGAAAACGAAGAUAUAACGAUCAGAUGGUACUCAACAAAUAAUUCACUGAUAAUUAAAGGUCAAGAUGGUGAAUCGCUUCGAAACGAGCUUAAAUUGAUCGCAAAACCAAUGGACGAAAGUGUUGAGGACUCACAAGAUGACGAGUUGAUUUCUGCCGAAGGCGACGGCGACAGUAUAGCUUCAACUCGAAUUCAUGGGAAGGUAGACGAAGUUGUUCAAUCGGAAGAAAGCCCUCAGGUAACUGCCAAGGACUCUUCUGACUAUGUUUACUUUCAAAAUCAGGUAAGCGAAAUUAAAUCAAAUCUAGAUCAGCACAUUGAUAAAACGAGAGCGGAACUUCAACGAAUAGAUGAAUCUCUUGCAGAUCAAUUUGAUCAGCUAAAAGAAUUACAGUUCAGCGAAAGGAUAAACGAACUUGCCAAAUAUUGCUUGUCCAACUUAGAGACCCAAAACUAUGAGCUCAAACAAGAAAAUAUUCAGCUUAGGAUCGAUAACGACAGUCUUAAAGAUAGACUCAAUUCUGUCUCCUACGUUGUCUCUGACCUAAACACCAAAAUUAAAGAUAUCGAAAGUGAAAAGCUUAGUCUAGUCACUGCUAUAAAGCUAUUACAAGAAGACAACAAUUUAGCAACAAUAAAUGACAGAGAUUCGGCUUGCAGUUCGUGGCAAACUUCAAGGUCUAAAGCACAAAGUAACGGUCAGUAAUGCACAUAAUAUUUCCUCUCAUGAUGGGCAUAAUAUAACCGUACGCAUGACUGAUCUGAAUAAUCACUAAGCACCAGAGGCAGUGACAAAAACAUCAAAUAUAAUACGUUUGAUAUCUUGUCUGUGGAAAGUUGUUCUGAUAAUGAAAGCGACACAAAUGUAGAUGAUAGUACUUUGAAGCUUAACACUGUAUUGCCAUCUGAAUCUAGACUAAAUAGCCCAAACGUCGACUCGAGGAAGUAUGAUAGUGCACAAAAGAAAAAUCAGUCAACCCAAUCUUAUGGUCAAAGCAAAAAGUCAAAGUCCAAUGAUAAUAAUCGUAGUUAUCUUACUGCGAAUUCGACGAGAGCCACUACAUCUCAAAAGGGCACUACAAAUCAACCUAGUAAGCUUGUAUUUAUAGCUAGUGGAGAUUCAAUAGUCCAACAUGUCCACGGCUGGGAGUUAUCUGAUGCUGAACGGCGAGUAGCGGUAAAAUCAUUUUCAGGAAGCAAAAUCGAAGAUAUGUGUGACUUCCUUAAACCACUUAUCCGCAAAAAACCUGAUGAGGUGAUACUACACAUAGGCACCAACGAUGUAAAAGAUAAUUCGAAGACAGCAGAAGUGGUUGCAGCUGGUAUCCUGAAAUCUGGGUACUAA